AUGCGUCAACUUUUGAGCUUACAACAACAAGGCACCGGCAGCAAUAAAGGCACCAGCAGCAAUCUUGGCCUGGGCACCACCGUUCACACUAGACACCUCUGGAGCAGCAGAGGAUGGAGCAGCAGUGCAGUGGUGGUCGGAGCAAGAGGUGACGGUCACCAAGGUGGACUCGACGUUUGUGACGGUAGCGUUACCGUAGGCAGCAGAAGACGACACUGGAGCAGCAGAAGGAGCUGGGGCAGAAGACUCUGGAGCAGAGGAUGGAGCAGCAGAGGAUGGAGCAGCAGAAGACUCUGGGGCAGCAGAAGAAGAAGCAGGAGCGUCCUGAGGAGCGCCACUGUUCAAUUGCACCUCUUCACCGCCGUUAGGGCACACAACACCGUUGAUGUAGUACUUGUUGUCGCCGUCUGGGCAGGCGUAGAUCUUGUUGAUGCCGGCAGCGUUCAAUCUCAAGUGGCCGUCCACAAGACCCCAGGCGCUCGAGGCGUCAGCCUUGCUCUUCAAGACAAUGCCGUCCUUUGGAGUGGAGGUGAGGUAGACAUCGCCAGAUUGGCCCUCAACGGACAAGUAUCCGUCUGGCUCUUGCAAGUGGAGGGUGAGAGGACCGCCUUGGUUCAAGACGAGUCUGUUGCCGUCAAGUUGGACUGGGCUGUUGAUGUUGUUUCCGACCGCAGUCAAUUGGAAGGUUUGGUCGGCAACGACGAAGGCAGCGAGAGACAAUAA